CUCGCUUGAAGAACCUGCCGCUCCCUACACUGCAUUCAAACAAGAGUCUCGCACUCGACGACAUUCGUUUUCUCAGCAUCACCUACGUGACAGCCCUAUAAACCUAAUCAACCCUCGGACCGUCUUUACUCGAUCGCCAAAACUUCAAAACAAAUCAGUCAAAAUGCAUGUCAAGUCCUUCACUGCUCUGGCGGCUCUCGCCCUCGCUGCUCAGGCCGUUGCCGAGCCCAUCCGCCUGGUAGGCGCGCCCUACAAGGCGGCCAGCAAGAUUCACAAGACCUCGGUCCGUCAGCUGUUCGGUGUCGUCCGUCGCCAGGACAACCCCGGAUACCAGCCCGAGCAGACCGUCUGCGGUACCGGCAACACUUGCGCCGAGGCUUGCGGUGCUGGUUUCGAGGCGUGCGCGUCCAAGGACGACUCGGUUCACUGCUACAACGCCGGCGCCGCUCAGAUCUGCUGCCCUAACGGUUCUGGCAACUCGUGCGAUGCUGGCUACUACUGCGCUGCCGACACCCAGAAUGAGACCUGGUGCUGCCCCGAGGGCAUGACCCUUGAGCAGUGCGCCGCCGCCUACAAGGUCGACGGGAGCCUUGUCUCCCAGACCGCCGAGGCCACCUCUACCUCGACUAGCUCCUCUACCAGCUCUACCUCCUCGGUCGCCAGCUCCACCUCGACCUCUAGCACCGUCGUGAGCACCACCAGCACCAGCAGCGUCAUUGUCAGCACCACCAGCACCAGCUCCGUCGUCAUUCCCCUCACGACCAGCUCCGUCGCUCUGACCACCUCGUCUGCUCCCGCCAUCACCGUCCCCGCUGUGUCCUCUUCCUCUAUCGUCCUCGUCCCCACUGGCCUCGCCACUGGCGGCGCCCCCUCUGGUGCUAACGGCACCUCUGUCGUGGUUGUCUCUCCCCAGCCCACGCAGUCCGAGGUUGCCAUCGGCGCUGGCAGCGUUGCCAAGCCCGCCGGUGCCUUCCUCUUGGUCGCGGCCGGUCUUGCCGCCCUUCUCUAAAUCCUCGCUGUGGAAUCAAGCCUUUGGACUACUUCGCCGGAUAUCUACCGGUAGCUCAAGGGCACUAUUGCUUUACUACGAGACAUGAGACACGACAGACCGAAUUCGCCAUGGUGGCUCCCUCACAUUUCUUUUUCUGUGCAAAGUUGGGUUGCUUGUUGGACUCUGGACACAACUUUGUUUCUCCGCGUUACGCCAUGGAGCGCAGGAUUUACAUUGGACGCUUGGGGCGAAUAGGCACUAUUCACCUUUUCUGAUGUGCUUCUUUUUUUCUGGGGGGUUUGGGGUGUUGCAGGCGAAAAGGCGUGGGAAGGCAGUACAGUAUGGCGGCUUUGUCCGUUUAUCGUUGAUAAGAAAGACGGACCACAUACACAUGCAUUCACGAACCUCUCUGUAUGCUUCGGGUUAAAGAGGGAUAUACCGCCAGGGCUUAACUAUUGAGGCGUUUUGAGUGAUAUACCUUUUGUUGUUUUUAUUGCGUUUGAAAGUAACCAUAAUAUUCUUGUUCCUAAUUCUCACUGGAGUCAUUAACAUGCCAACUUUUGC